AUGGAAAAGAGAGAAAACAAGCGACUGAUUCAAUAUUAUACCAUUUUUUCUAUCUAUCUAUCUAUCUAUCUAUCUAUCUAUCUAUCUGACAGUUUGUUUAUAUCUAUCUAUCUGACAGUUUGUUUAUAUCUAUCUAUCUAUCUAUCUAUCUAUCUAUCUAUCUAUCUAUCUAUCGCUUUUCCAUAUCUAUCUAUCUCCCUGUUUGUUCAGUUUGUUCAUAUCUAUCUCAUAUUUGUUCAUAUAUAUCUAUUUGUUAGUUUGUUCAUAUAUCUAUCUAUCUAUCUAUCUAUCUAUCUAUCUAUCUAUCUCAAUCAGUUCAUUAUUCAUCCAUCCGAAUCUAUCUAUUCAUCUAUCUAUCCAUUCAGUUUCUAUCUAUCAUCUAUCUAUCUAUCUCAUUUGUUCAUCUAUAUAUCUAUUUCUAUUCAUUAUUCAUAUAUCAUUAUCUAUCUAUCUAUCUAUCUAUCUAUCUCAAUCUCAUAUAUCUAUCUAUCUAUCUAUCUAUCUGAUAGUUUUUUCAUAUCUAUCUAUCUAUCUAUCUAUCUGAUAGUUUGUUCAUAUCUAUCUAUCUCGAACUUCGACGCGAAUAUAAUAUCAUUAUAUAUCUAUCUAUCUAUCGAUCUUAUCCUUUUCAUAUCUAUCUAUCUAUCUAUCUAUCUAUCUAUCUAUCUAUCUAUCUAUCUUAACACGUUUAGAGUAAAACAUUCACAGCUUAAGGCCAAAAACAGUUAA